GAGCGGCGCGAGAUAGAGCGGCCAGAGCUGGCGCCGCGAGAAGCCGGAAGCGGCGGGACGUCCGGCUGGGCGCCAUCUCGCCGUGAGACAGCAGCAGCAGCCGGAGCAGCGCGAUGUUGUCGACGGCCGCGGGGUGCUGGGGACCCGGCAGGGACCGGGCGGUGGAGCCCCACGGCGCCGCCGGCCCUUUGGAGAUGCGCUUUUCGCCCUACGCUUUCAACGGAGGGACUGUAUUGGCAAUCGCUGGAGAAGAUUUUUCAAUUGUGGCUUCUGACACUCGAUUGAGUGAAGGAUAUUCAAUUCACACCAGGGACAGCCCCAAGUGUUACAGACUAACAGACAAAACAGUCAUUGGAUGCAGCGGGUUUCAUGGAGACUGUCUUACCCUGACAAAGAUUAUUGAAGCAAGACUAAAGAUGUAUAAGCAUUCCAAUAACAAGACCAUGACUACGGGGGCGAUUGCUGCAAUGUUGUCUACAAUCCUCUAUUCAAGGCGCUUCUUCCCAUACUAUGUUUACAACAUCAUCGGGGGACUGGAUGAAGAAGGGAAGGGAGCUGUGUACAGCUUUGACCCAGUAGGGUCCUACCAGAGAGACUCCUUCAAGGCCGGAGGCUCAGCAAGUGCCAUGCUACAGCCCCUGCUCGACAACCAGGUUGGUUUUAAGAACAUGCAGAAUGUGGAGCAUGUCCCACUGUCCUUGGACAGAGCCAUGCGGCUUGUGAAAGAUGUCUUCAUUUCAGCGGCAGAGAGGGACGUGUACACUGGGGAUGCACUCAAAAUCUGCAUCGUGACCAAGGAGGGCAUCAGGGAGGAGACCGUUCCCCUGAGGAAGGAUUGAUUUGUGUGCUGUUAUCAUUAAUCACUUCACAACUGGUUAAUUUUGUAUCUUGGAACUAUUGGACUGAUGUAUUAAAUAAAACCUGAAGUAAUUAUUCUAAGCAGGA